GUAAAGGGACUGGAAACAAAAGAAAUGGUAAACGCCACAUGGCCCCUACUCUGGUCACGUGAUGUCCGGCUUAUAACGGUGACCGUGGGUGGGGGUUGUCGGACCAAUUAGAAGGAAGGGGUGCAAUCGGUGAUUGUUUUCUGUAAUUGAAUGUAAGGAUUCUGCCUCAGCUGGUUGUCAUGAUAAGAAGAAUAUCGCACAGACAGUAAUAAAGCUGAGGAGAUGUACAAAUGAAAGUGCAUCAAAGAUUUAGCCCAGCGCAAUGAAUUACCGGCACCCAGCAGCUCCCACUAGUCCUAAUGGUAACACAAUGACCUUAAAAAUACGGAAGUAGACUCUGGGCAACAGGUUUAAGCGAUUUCGUCAAUUGCUUACUUUUUUCAUAAUUAAAUAUUCUUGAAUGAAAGAGAGAUUGCAAUGUUUGUUAUACCAUAUCUUAAUUACGAAAGAGGUAUGAAUGCAUUGGAAGAUAACAAAGUUCACUUUAUUAUGUACAGUGUAUAUUCUAUAAUAUCCCCCACGCAUUACCCCCGGAAACCUACAAGGACCAAUGGAUGUACUCUGUAACUGCUUAAGUCUGUUGUGUUGAUUAAUUGAAAAUGGCACAAAUAUUAAUCAAUGGGGAAAAUACUUAUAACAAAAAAUCAAUCUGGCAAAAGGCUGCUGUUAAAAAACCCAUUGUGUUCCUUGGCGUUAAUUUGCCGUUUACGAAUUGAAGACUAGUUCUCACAGUUGUUAAUUGUAAUAAAUCGAGUCUUAGACAACUGUUUGUUUUCAAAUGGGUGGGAAUUUUCACCGCUGUUACAACAUAUUUCUGACGGAAUAUUUCCGAUUCUUUUCGGUCUUAUAUUUUACUAAGGCAUUGUCAAUGGCAAUUGUUGUUUUUUCCCCCAAGUUCUUGUUGAUUUUUUGAAAAGGUAAAGAAAACUAGAUCGAGCACGCACCAUUUUAAAGACGCAACACCAUUGCAGUUUGUAUGCCAGGCUGCAUUUAGGACCGAAUAGACUUUUAUGUGUUGAAAUUCUAAUGCAAAUAACAAAGGAACAAUAUAAUUUGUAUACAAAAGUAGACCACAUUUUGUAACCAGUACUUAGAUGAGGAGUAGGACAAAAAAGACUUAAAUAGACUUUUAAAAAAGUUGUGGCAGCGUCAUUCAGCAGCAUUCCCACGAUCGAUCUAAUUUUUUUUUUUUUUUAUUAUUGCAGUUCAUGUUUCUUCAGUAGUUUUGCUAACUGAAAAUUAUUUCCAAUAGAACCUCCUAUUUCCCAUUUCUUAUUCUCUUUCAUUAAUUUAUCAAAUUUCAUGUUUAUGUAAUACUUUCCUCUAAUCUAACUAACAAUUCUUCUAAAGUUUUAUCCUGCCAUUCCGUCUUUUAAGCAAUUAUAUCAAAGGCUUCCCCUGGUCUGACACUACAAAAUGGUUUCUAUCUGGACAAUGUUUUGUAAUCGGUACACCCUCUAUCUUGAUAAACUCCAAACGCCAUAAUCUACCAUUACCCAACACUCACCUCUCCGUUUCUUUUCUUUAUACUGGUGAACCCGGUCCAUAUUUAAUGCUUCAUUUUCUGCGAAUUUCAUAUCAAAAGCUGCACUAGAAAUACGCGCUGUCUAACUUACAUUGGCGGGGGUUUUAUAUGUUAUUCUCUAGGUUGGUAGAUCAUUUAUCCAUAACCUUGAGAAAAACCUCUCCACUACAAUUAUGUACAAAAUACUUUAAAAGAGGAUACCAAUCCUAAAAAUAUGGAGUAUUAAAUUUAUCCUUCAUUUAUUUAUAUACUGUACGUAGAUGUAUUUUAAGCAUUGCUAUUGGUAUUCGUUUUUUCUUUUAUUGUGUUUUCUAAAGUUUCGCCGUGUUGGUCCUUGCUGGUUAUUUUACCAUCUGUUAGCAUUGCUUAGAAAUAAAAAUACGCAAUAUGAUUCAAAAUCUGCGGACUUAGUCAAGUUGUCUAUCUGUUCUGUGUCAGUACUGUGUACAAGCUGACGACACUACGAUUGUGACAAAAAUUAACACUAUAAAGACAUAAAACUGCAAACUCACACCACACCAAACAAUGUCAAAACAUAAGCACCCCAAUCCAUACACGUUCUUCAGAGAAUCUUAAGGAUCUGACGGAGCAAAAAAAUGUGCCCAUCCGACAUCGGGCCUACCAUCAUGGAAGCCAGGCACUGUCUUGGAAAGAAAGUGUGUGAUCUUUUUUUGUGACUGUCAUCAUAAAAAAAAUCACACGGAACAUAUCAAUAAAAAAAUACACACAAAGAGAAAAAAAGCACACACAGAUCUAAUAAGUAAAUAUUUUAUUUCAUAAAAAAAACAUCAGCAUCCAGAGGAUUUUUUUUGCACUUUGGUCACAUCAGAUAGCGGCUACGUGGGGGGAAUGAGAAAAGAAUUUUGAUAGGAGAAAAUAAAACAAUUUUUAAAAAGUGGGGAACAAUUUUCUAAGAAGAAAAUGUUAGUACAUGAUAAAAAGAAUACAAUAAAAAAAACUGGCACAGCAAAUCUAGGCCAAAUUCAAACCACACACUGCCGCCUACCUGACAUUUUCCUCAUGUAAAAGUAAGUCCAAAAAAGAAAGGGAGGAGAGAAAAACACAAUUUACGAAUCUGAUGCGUGCCAUCAGCGGACCCCUAACGAAUCUGAAGAUGCAUCGUAACUUUUUGUCAUUACGUAUCGGAUCGGAACACUGAUUUCGACUUGGAGUGACUUUGGAACUUCGUCCCCAUUCGUCCACGAAGCUAAUCAAAACCCUUUGUUACCGUUGCUACAACAACAGGGCCAUUUCUAUCUCCCGCGUAGAAGAGGUUACUUCAUCUGUCAGUUAUGCAAAUUAGUUUUUAUUGCAACGACAUUAAAUGGAUAAUCAGUAUUAUUAUUCGGAUUAGAGCAGGAUUUGUCCCUUUAAACAGCUUAUUACGGUAACAAAGACUUACUUAGACGGAGAUAUGGUCUUUAAAUCCUGUGAUGAUGUGCUUUGAAACUCCGUGAUUUUAUGCUAUAAAUUGCACGCGAUUGAUCAGUAGUAGACUGAAAUAAACAGAUUCAAACAGAUGUGAAAUGACAGUUAAGUAGGCUGGAAUAUCGCCAAAACAAGUCCCGUCCGAGACGACACAACCACGACACAAAAAACAAUCAAGAAUAACCAAAAAAAGAGAAAGGAUAACUGAAAAAUAAAUCCCGUCCUUUUCUGAUAAAAAGCAGUUGUGUGCAUCGUUUCUUACAUUCAUUAGCUAUCGAAAUCUAAAUAAAACAUUAGCUAGAUCGGUAAUAUCAAAGUCACAAACUACCCUGUGCAAUCUGGCAUAACGCGAUCAGAUAAGACACGCUAACGGGCGAGGAACACAGGAGGAGGUCGAUGCUGGUCGGAAGGCGUCAAAAGGGGCGGAGCUAACGGAUCUUUCACGUGGCUCAUUAAACCAUGCAGGAAGGCGGAGCUUAGCGUUUUCUUUAUUCUAAACACAUUGCAAAAGAUAUAGAUUCCACACAGUAGUAAGAGAGUGCCAAAUAUACAGAUCUGCUGUAACUGUUGCACACUGUUGAUAUUCACCUCUAGUCCGCGUGUGCCGUAGUCAUUUUUAGACAAUUGCAGGCUGAAGUUGUUUCUCGUGGAAUUCACCUGCACGUGUUUGUGUGUGAUUCUUAGGGUUUCUAUCUUAUUCCUUUCUUAACAAACAACAAAAAUGGCCAACACAAUUACACAGAAGGACACAACGUUUACAAAAAUCUUUGUGGGAGGACUACCGUACCACACAACAGACAAAUCACUACGGGAAUUCUUUGACAAGUUUGGAGAAAUUGAGGAAGCUGUCGUCAUUACUGACAGACAGACUGGCAAAAGCCGAGGAUAUGGAUUUGUAACAAUGGCCAACCGCGAGGCAGCAGAGAGAGCCUGUAAAGACCCCAAUCCCAUCAUUGAUGGAAGGAAAGCCAACGUGAAUUUGGCCUACCUAGGGGCCAAACCAAGAGGUAUUCAGACAGGUAUUCCCCUUGCUAUAAAAGGUGUGCCCGGACUCCUACCUGGCCAAUAUGGAUUCCCUCAGUAUCUAUAUCCGUCCACAGCGUACGUCGCAGCGCCCUCUACCGCCAGUGUGCUCACCACCGCAGUGCCGCAUUCACCCUUGUCGCCGACAGCCGCGGCCACCACCGGGCAGCUGCUUGACUAUUCCACCGCAUAUGCUUCCCAAUUUGGAGCAUAUGAUGCUGCAUAUCCAUACGCCUCAAACGCAGCAGGGCUGAUUAGCCCCGCUGCUUCUGGAUAUACAUACGCGGCCAUCCCCCAGCCUGCACUCGUAGCAGGUGGAAGUGCGAUACACUAUCAGCCCCAACAAAUACAAGAGAGAAUGCAAUGAUGGCAAUCAGAGAGACCUAGCAGUAUUCAUACCGAACUCAAUUAUCUAAUGACCAAACGUCCGUCCCCAGAGAACGGAAAAAAUUCGUGAACCACCACAAAGAUAUCAACUUUUAAAGGCAUUUUUAGUUUACAUCUAUCAGUUUCAAAUUGUUAAUAUUUUUGUGCAUACAGGAAAAUCGGUAAAGAAUUAUUUGCCUGAUCUCUAUGCAAGAACUGGACUGAGCGAAAGACUGUUAACGCUUUUUGUGUGGAUGGGUGAGAGGGCGAGCUCUUGAAGUCUGUAUUUAUGACCUAUAUUGUGUAGGUGCGAAUAGGAUGGAAGGAUAUGUGCUUGAUAAGCUUAGAUUAAGCGUCCCAAGUGCAGUUCAAAAUUAUCAAUUAUUUAUAUAUCAUUAACUGUAUCGAAGUAUUUAUAAUAUUGUUGUUGAUAUAAAACUGUUUUAAUAUGCGAAUCACAUGGAUUCUCCGUCCAUUAGCUCAACCUUGCCAUCACAUUUCAAAGGUCAUAGGUCAUGACAUACAAAGACAUCAGUCACAUUAAAUGUGAAAAGUAGAUGAUAAUUAUUAUUUCUUAGAUUUCAUGACAUCUUUCACCUCUUUUGCUAGGACGGAGACCACGUGUGAGAAUGGAUGGUAACAAUCUUGUUAUUGUGUAAAGUCGUUAGCCCUUUACAUACUUAAAUAUUCGAUAUUUAUAAAAUAUCAUUGUUGUAACUGGACAUUGUACAUAUCAUUGUAAUGUUAUAUAUCAAUAGGUAGAUUUUAGACUAGUCUUGUUAUUAAUCUAGAGGCAACCGUAGUUAAAACACUAUGCAAGUAGGAAAGGAUAACCCAUUGAUAGAAUAUAGCAUUCAAUGGCAAGUGCUACCGUGAUAUUAUUUGUAUUACCGAAUUGUCUUUCUUUAUUUGGUUUUAUUGACAAAAAGUGCAAAUAAUCGGACUAUCGAAUCACCUAGCAUACCCGCCGUCCGCUAGUUUAUAGUCAUAUCCCAACGAAAAAGGCUCAAGUGCCUUUUAGUCCCAACGCAUAAACAGAAUUGUUUUGCUGAUCAAAAUUAUUAAAAUACUUAUUUGAUUGAAAUCCACUGCUGUCUCAUUUUAGUUAAGAAUAGAUUGCGUCAUCAGUUUGUGAGAUUACGUGUGAAUGUCUGUACACUUCGUCAGUGCUUCAUGUAUAGUCUGCUUGAGGAUCAGAUAAGAACUCUAGGUGGCGCUAUAGCUGGGUAUACAUGUAUGUGCAUCAUGUUAACCAAUCACCCUUAUAAGUUCCUCGUCCAUCCCAAGAGGUUGCCAUGGUGAUAGGAAUCUACUUUAUCAUGGUUUUUUCUCACGAAGAGACAUUUUUUCAUAAUCUUCCAAAUCCUCCUUUGAUUAGGUGUUGUAUAGAGCAGUUUUACGAUUCGUUUAGCUAUACUAAAAUGGUCAAUCUAGUCAGAUUUUGAAUUUUUGAUUUGAUCACCAUGGCAACUCGUUGCAUAUUGUGUUCUAAUGCGGAAUAAAAAUCUUGUACACCCGAAAGUAUUAUGGAUAUGAAAACGAGGUUUCACUAUUUACGAUGUAAAUGAUUUUUUUUCGACGAUUUUCGCUUUCUUAUUUGUGACGUAAAUGCAUUCCAUUUUUUAAGAGAAAUUUUGGUCCAAUGUUUAAUUCGCAUACAAACCUCCGACUACAAGGAAUAUGAAAGAAUAUGUUUAACCUCGUUUUCAUGUCAACUUUAAAUCUAUUGGUUGGCAAUAUUUGAAUCCAACCAUGCCUCAUUUUUGUACGAUUCUUGUUGGUAUACAUAUUAUAUACAAAGGUAUUUAUUGCUGUUACGCUUUCAGAGAAAGACAAAAUUUGUAUAAUGAAAGCAGGGGCGAAAUCUUAUUGUUAUAUUUUAUUUAUUUUACCCGACCAUUAAAGAAAAUGGUGGUUGGGCUUUUAUAUUGAUGUAUUAUCAUCGUAAAUGUACAAUGUAUAUAUAACAAUCAUGAAUAUAUUAACUUAGAAAACUAAAUUAAACUAUUAACUUAUGAAACCGUAGUCUAGUAUGUUAUUGUCUAUUUUAUAGUAGAUAAAAAUCAAUGUAAACAAUCGACUUCAAUGUGACAUCAUAUGACAGUGUCAAUGUGUAAAGCGGAACAACAUCCGCGAGAACAGCAUAAUCCAAUGUUACAUAAAACAGACCAUUUACUAUGUUGACAUUUACUUAUGUUACAAUCAUGAAAACAAAUAAAAAAACGAAAUAUUA